GAGAGAGAGAGAGAGAUGGGGGGAUCGAGAGAGAGCUUGGCGCGACCACCUCGUCGAUGCUCGGCACCGUUGAUUCCUCCGAUCUGGGCGGAGACGGCGGAAUCCAUCGCCUACGAUUCCGCCACGUGGCCUCCGCCCAUUGCCUUGGUUUGUGGGCCCGGAAACAGUGGCAAGUCAACUUUUUCGCGCCUCCUCCUUAACACCCUUUUAAGAAGGUAUAAGAGAGUGGGGUAUUUGGAUACGGAUGUGGGACAACCGGAGUUCGCUACACCCGGUUGUGUCUCCCUGCAUAUCGUCGAUAAGCACACCCCUCAAGAUUUGACGAUUCUGUGCUUGAAGACACCAGAGAAGUGCUUCUUUUUUGGUGAUGUUUGCGCAAAGAAAGAUCCAAAAGCGCAUUUAAACUAUAUCUGCACACUCUAUGAUUAUUUUCUUAUUAACUACCAUCAAUUUGAGGAGGUUGAUGAUCCUGGGAAAGCCCCUGUGCUACCUCUUGUUGUUAAUACCUCAGGAUGGGUAAAAGGCACUGGAUACGUUACGUUGGUGGAGAUGCUGAGGCAUAUGUCUCCCACUCAUGUAGUGCAGAUUCGAGUUUCCCCGGAGAGUAAGAAUCUACCGAGCGGGAAAUUUUGGUCAGACGGAAACCAAAACACGCCGGUUAAUGUGAUCGAAAUACACGGGACAGGCAAUGAUGCUUCUGUUCGCUCGGUUUCGACUAAAAGAGAGGCGCGCAUUAUGCGAGACAUUCGGAUAAUUUCUUACUUCAGGCAGUGCUUGCCAAGAGAUUUUAAGAUCUCAACCUACACAGAGCUACGUCGAUGCUUGGCCUCUAUUGCUCCUAUCGGACUUCACCUCUCCAGCAUAAAAAUUGUGCAUCUGCAUUGCCAGGUUCCAAGUAACAUGAUUUAUGAGAGUUUGAUUGGUUCGAUCGUCGGCCUUGCUGAUAGUUCCUUGUUUCCUACCUCAUCUAGAUGCUGCACACCUUGGUGCCUUGGACUAGGGAUUGUCAGAGCUGUAGACAAUUCAGAGGAUCGGAUUUAUGUGAUUACGCCUGUUUCUCGCCGGGUUCUGGAAAGAGUUGAUCUUGUUUUUCAGGGAUCUGUUGAGAUCCCUACUUGUCUUUUGCAGGUAGAAGCACCUACACUUUUGGGGCUCUCUAAGAUGAAGCAGCUUUAGGAAAGUAGAUUAACAUAUGUUGGUUUCAAUUGUUACAGCCAAUCACCAUAUACUAUACUAUUAUUUCUCAAAAAAGAAAAAAAAAAACCAAAACUGCUUGACAUUCACUAAUUCAUGUUGACAAAGUUGAAAAGUUAUGGAUUGAUUUUAAUUUCCUUAUUUUUGUCA